UCCUUUAUUGACCAGAUGGUUUUUCUCCUUCGAUAAGUAUCCUUUAUUGACUAUAAGGUUUUUCUCCUUCGAUAAGUACGGGUAUAUGGCCUAUAUUGGCCCUGCAUAAGGAAAAAAACAAAUACCAUGCAUUAAGAGAGAGAGAGAGAGAGAGAGUCUUCAAUGGCUUGGGUUUGAGAGAGAGGAAGAGGAAAUAAAAAAGACCUCCAACGAAUUGUAGCAGACCACAUGUUUUUUGUUUCUGAAAAUAGUGAAAGUUGAGUUUUGUUACUUCAUCAAAUUAUGAAAAUAGUAAAAGUGAUUUCCAGAAUUUGAAAGUGAAAGUAGUGCACCAAACAAACUUUCAAAGUUAACUUUUGAAAAUUGUAAAAAUGAAAACAGAAAACAGAAAAUAGAAUGACUACCAAACAUGACCUAUAUGUGUGGAUAUGUUUAAAAACUGUUGGAAUGGUGUAUAAUUGUAGUUAACGGUAAAAUUCUUUAAGGUUAUAAAUGAUUAUGUGCCCCCACUAUAAAUAAUUUAUGGGUCCGCCACUGUAUAGUCAUGUUUGCAUAGCUUAGUUAGCUAUUCUCUUCUAAUCAAGUUUCCUUAUAAAUUUAUUUCCGUUUCAAAAAAAAAAAAUUUCUCUUUGUACGUAUCCCUACGUAUGUUGUGCUUGUGCACUAGUCUAUUUAUAGAAGAGGUGGAGAGGGACAAGUUUGAAAGCAUAGAGAGUGGCAAUGGCAACUCAAAGAAGCCUUGUAGCAGGAUUAAUGGUGGUCUUUCUAGUCUGUGCAUUUGCUCAAAGUGAACACGUCUACACCCCGUUUAACCGGACAUCCUUUCCACCUGGUUUUGUGUUCGGAGCUGCCUCUUCUGCCUACCAGUAUGAAGGUGCUGCAAAGGAAGGUGGAAAAGGCCCCAGCAUAUGGGAUACCUUCACUAAACAAUUUCCAGGUAAAAUAUUGAAUGGCAGCAAUGGAGACGUAGCCAAUGAUUUCUAUCAUCGUUACAAGGAAGAUGUGCAGCUGCUGAAGUUCAUAGGAUUGGAUGGUUUCAGAUUAUCAAUCUCUUGGUCCCGAGUAUUACCUCGUGGGAAACUUAGUGGAGGAGUGAACAAGGAAGGUGUUAACUUCUACAACAAUCUCAUUAAUUACCUCCUAUCUAAUGGGGUACAGCCAUAUGUAACAAUUUUUCACUGGGAUCUUCCCCAAGCACUAGAAGAUGAGUACGGCGGAUUUUUAAGCCCUCGUGUUGUGGAUGAUUUUGUGGAUUUUGCAAACCUAUGCUUCAAGGAGUUUGGUGAUAGGGUUAAGCACUGGAUAACCAUGAAUGAGCCAUGGUCCUAUAGCUACGGUGGUUACGAUGCAGGUCUCCUAGCACCGGGCCGCUGUUCGGCUUGGAUGUCGUUCUGCCCCUCUGGAAAUUCCGGGACGGAGCCUUAUGUGGUCGCCCACAAUUUGCUUCUCUCUCAUGCUGCAACUGUCAAACUUUACAAGCAGAAAUAUCAGGCGUCUCAAAAGGGACAGAUAGGGAUAACGCUAGUGUGUUAUUGGAUGGUGCCCUUGACCGAGUCCACUGCUGAUAAGGAAGCAGCCCAACGAGCCAUUGAUUUCAUGUAUGGAUGGUAUAUUCACCCAAUAACAUACGGUGAAUACCCAAAGAGCAUGCGUACGCUAGUUGGCAAAAGGUUGCCAAAAUUCACUGCAGAGCAAGCUGAAUUGUUGAUAGGCUCUUACGAUUUCAUCGGGCUGAAUUACUACAUUGCAAAUUACGUAUAUAAUGUGCACUCUGCUAAUACUGUUAAUCUCAGCUACACAACCGAUUCUAACUCCGUACAAACAACGGUGCGAAAUGGAAAAUUCAUUGGGAGGCCGACUGGGGUGAGCACUUUUUUCAUGUACCCAAAAGGACUUAAAGAUCUCCUGGUCUACACGAAGGAGAAGUACAAGAAUCCAACUAUUUACAUCACGGAAAAUGGCAUGGGUGAUAACAAUAAUGUCUCACGAGAAGUGGGCGUUAAGGAUGAUGAGAGGGUAUACUUCUACAAUGUACAUCUUCAGUCCCUCAAAAAUGCCAUCGAUGCCGGUGUGAAGGUGAAGGGUUACUUUACAUGGUCCUUUCUAGACAACUUUGAAUGGUUAUCGGGUUACAUGCAAAGGUUUGGUAUCGGCUACGUUGAUUACAACGAUGGACUGAAACGAUACCCCAAGAAAUCCGCUUUCUGGUUCAAGAAGUUCCUCCUAAAAUAGUGAAGGCGUCUACGACAGAAGUUGUGACACCAAUUUUCAAUAAAUCAUAUAUCCGUAAUAUGUUCGGGUUAUUAGAUAAAUAAGAUGGAGAAUAUGUAACUCUCUUGUAUCUGCAGUUAAAAAUAACAAGUGUCUUCUGGCGACACACUUCCUUUUCCUUUGCUAAUGAUAUUAUUUGUGUUGCAUUC